UGUUUUCUAAAGUUGCUCUUUUUUUCUGCCUUUUAAACCAAGCCUAACUUCUAUGCAUCAACAUUUGGACAGGCUUUGCGCCUAUCCUCAGCAUCUCACCCUCCAGCUGGCGGAGAGAAGCAGGAUAAGGAAGCUGCAGUUGCUGGCGCACCAGUACAUGAUCCCAGCCAGGGUUGAAUUUCAUGUUGGAGACAGCCUUCCUGAUGUCAGCCCUUCAGGCUUUCCUGGACAGUUUCGUAGACUUGGGUAUGUGUCGUUGUCGGAUAACGAGAAGACCGGUUUCAAAGCGCGGGAGCUAAAGUCGGUCCAUGUUGACGCCGUCGGAAUGUAUCUGAGAAUUACCCUCCACAGGAACCAUGGCAACCGUUACAAUCGCUACAAUCAGGUUGCCCUGGUUGCCAUCAACGUUCUGGGGGAUUCUCUGGAUGGCGGCACGUUUCACUCCACGCCAAGCAGGGACCAGCUGAUCGAACCGUACCUCAACAGCACCCAGCAGGAAGCUGCGUUGGACACGACCUUCAUGGGCAAAUGUUCCUCAAUCUCCCCGUUCGAUGACUUGGCCUUCGACAUGUACCAGGACCCGGAGGUCGCUCACAUCAUUCGUCUCUUGGACCAGAAGAAGCAGGACGUGGUCCGGCAGGAGAACUUUGAGGAGGCUAAGACGUUGAAGCAAGCCAUCGCAGACCUUCAGAAGGUCGGCGAGCGUUUGGCUCGUUAUGAUGUGGAGAAGAAAUACGCAAUCGAAAAAGAGGACUAUGACCUGGCCAAGAGGAAGAAGGAGGUGAUGGAUGAGUACAGGAAGAGCGUCUACCAACAGCUGGAAGUUCACAACCUGCUGGACAUGACAAUGAUCACCAGGCCAGCAGACUUGUCCUCAGCACGAGGUCCUCCACCUCUUCUGCCUUCUCCUGCUGAUGGGUCAGCCCCCACUAAGCCUCCGUCGUCCACAGGUGACUUUAGGAAGGGGAGGAAGAUAAGCCCUCAUCGCCAUCAGCAACCAGCCACACAGUCUGCUGCGCCCAAGCCUAGCAGCCAGCCUGACACAUCUCUCACCCUCGCUGCCCUACCUGACCUUAAUAUUACCGGCGUGCCUUAUGACGAGAGGCCCCUGCCAGCCCUUCAGUGGAAAGAUAGACCAGUGGAAAGCAUCCAGACCCCAUCAGCGGAGAGCUCCCCUAAAGGUGACGCACAAAGGUCCCCACGUGGCCCCGACGUGAGCGGUGAGCCAGAGCCCCUGACGGAGAAAGCCCUGAGAGAGGCCGGCCUUCCCAUAGAGGCCUUCGGAGAGAGUCUGGUGGCCGCUGCAUACUCUAAAACCUGGUGCCACAGAGAAGACGCGCUGCUCGCUGUGCACAACAAACUGUUGGACGUAGUCUCCACCGCCGGCAAAGACGAGCUGCGAAACAUGAUCAGAGCGGCCGUCUUCCUGGUGAAGAAGGCCCUUCUGGAUAAAGUUUCAUCCGUUUUUCACGCCUCACUGAAGCUACUGGGGUUAUUACUGAACCAGCUGAUCCCGGGCCUGGGCCUUGGCCGGGCUGAGGUGACCCACUGCUUGGAGCACACCUUUCCCAGCCUGCUGGCGAGGACGGGAGAUUCCUCUCACCGCAUACGGGCCGCUGCCAUCGCGCUCAUACAGGAAAUUGCUGUUGUGAAGGACAUCAGGGCCCUGCAGAUCAUCCCUGGUGAAUUAGUGAAGCCAUUCAAAAACAACUUCCCCUCUUGCCUGGCUCAAAGUCGGGCCGAGCUGCUGGAGAAACUCCUUGUGGAGCUGGGUAUAGACAACUCUGGCUUCACCCUGGAAAACGUCAUCACGUUCUGUAUAGCUGCUCUGGAGCACAGGGCCAAAGGGGUUCGAGAGCUGGCGGUACGUGUCAUCUUAUACCUGUACGAGCAGCACAGAGGGGCCGUUCUCAGCUACCUUCCUCCUAAUGAUGCUGCGGCACGGAAGAACUUCCUCUACAAAACCCUCUUUGACGGAUUUGGAAAGAUCGAUGGAAAACUUUCAGAACCUCAGGCUGUGAAAAAGGGUGUUAGGCAGCCAUCUGGACAAAAGGAGAAGCAAGAAAUCCACUUCCUUCAAGAGCAGCUGGCCACCUUGAAAGACAUCACAGAAAGAGAGAAUGAAAGCACCACAGGUGAAACCUCAAAUAAAGAGCUCGACAAAUUGGAGAAACAAUCCCCAAAAGGUGCCAAAACAAGUGUCACCGAAGGGCCUCAGAGCAAGACAACCGAUUGUGUAAAUGCACAGCAAUCUAUCGAGUAUCUGGAUAACAUGUGCAUUUUCUGUGGCAAAAAAGACGAGUCAUUCACAGAGGAUGGAUUGGACCUUCACUACUGGAAACAGUGUCUGAUGCUGCAGCGCUGCGAUGAGUGUAGACAGGUAGUUGAGAUAGCCAGCCUCACAGAGCACCUGCUGCGGGAAUGUGAAAACAGGUCCAGGUUCAGCCAGUGUCCACGCUGCUCAGAAGCUGUGCCCACUGAGGAUCUCACCGGCCAUGUCCAGGGUUCAAAAUGUAACCCGUUUAUUUCAGGUAAAGGCUCCGACUCCAACCACUGCCCUUUGUGUCACAACAACUUUCCACCAGGAGAGGAGGCCUGGAAGGCUCACCUCAUGGGCAGAGAGGGCUGCAAACUAAACGCACGCAGGACUGCGGUGUCCCAACGAACCCAGCCAGCACAAGGUAAGGCUGCUGGCGGAACAAAGCAGCCGUGGCCGGUCAGGGCCGGAGCCGGAACCAGGACGGGCCCCGUGGGCCGGGGCAGCCGGAUCCCGUCCCUGGCGCCCAUGGCGAGAAGGAACGCGGCGGGAAAGCGCUGACGCCGGUUGGCCACAAACUCCAUCCCCUAACGGCGGGACCUGACCAGCAGAAACAACCCGGCCGGUGGGAGAACCGUCGCUUUUCUGGCUCAAGACGGCGACUAGAUGGACACAAAACUGCAUUUAUCAUUCAGACAAUACGGUUCAGCCUGUUGGGUUUGAAACAGAAACUACAUUUGUAUCAAAGUAUCAGCUGACUCGCUCUGUCCUGUCCGUAGGUUAAACCUCUACCAUCAAACACCUGUGGGGUCAGUAUAUAUGAGCGCACUGUGUGCUGGUAAACGAUACGCCCUCAGAAGGCUUCUGGUGUCUUAACCGCUUGUCUUUCACGGUGAUCGCCGCUGUUCGAGGCGGUUAUAUUCUGCUUAGGAGGAAAUCCCCGUCAGUUUGCACUGUAUAGCUGUAGAUAGUUUUACUGAUGGAGGGUAAGUUGGAAAAAUAAAGCCAUGGUGAGGAUAUUGCUGAUUUGUUGUUCCCAGCUAAUGGGGUGAAACUCAAAAGCAUGUGACGCGACAUUUCCAGCCAUCUGCAUCUUUCCAGUGAAACUUGUUUGCUUGGUCAUGGCCCACACCUUCCUCAGUGCAGGCGCGCCUCUGGUCUCCAGUUUCACCGAGCUGAGACCAUUUUCAUUACAACCCCACGACGUCACCGAGGACAUUUGUUUUACCUUGGUAAACCUUCUGUGUGAAGUUUUCACGUUUCCCACUACGGUAGUGAAAGCCACUCUGUGAUUCUACAAGGACGGAGAUUUCUUUUCUCCCAUUUUUUUUUAUUUAACUUCACAUCACGAUAAAAAAAAAGUCCACUUUGAUACUCGCUUGUAUAGCAUACAGAUAAAACCAUAUAUUUACAUACCCUGUAUAAAAAUAAACAACACAUUUUUCUCACCGUCCGACAUCAAAGCAGACUAAACGUUUCCUGGUUUAGGUCAGCGGGGUUACCAAAAAAAUGUCUGUUUGCUAAACAUUACUUUUUUAAUUACUUUCUUUAUAUGCAGAAGCUUAGAUGCACUGAGAUUGUUACGCCUUUGAACACGUUUGGAAAGCCCUGAAGAUGGUGCCAUGGUUAUGAUUUGUAAAACUCUGUUAAUUUCUAACGUUUGAGUUCACUGAAGGCACACCGGUGUGUUUGUUGUAAGGAAACACUUCAAACCCCACCGCGUCCUGGUGUGACAUCAUGGAAAAAAUUGAAAAGGAAUCAGCAAAGAUAUCAGGAGGGGAAUGGUGGACCUCCUGCUGCUGGAAGGACUGGUGCACUUCCCAGCAGCUCAUUACACAGACCGGUUGUCUUUACACGCUUCUGGGGUUCAAACCCGGGUCGCCCACAUCAAAGACGCAGACGGCCCACUAUACCACGAAAGGGACGGCAUUGUGAGAAACGAGUGUUGUGUCAAAAUACUGAAACAUAGGGGUACAUGACCCGUGGCCGGUUUGAGUCCUGGCCCUUGGACCUCCGUCGCUCGUCUUCUUCCUCUGUCAGCCACAUUUCCUGUCCGCCUACUGUCAAAUAAAGACCACAAAAUAAAAAAAAAUUAAAUAUUGACUAUCUUCUCAAGCUAUUGACCAGGAAGUUAAAGCUGGGGCACCGAUGGGCCAGUCAUUAAAAUUGCGGGCGGAGCUGAAAGUGUAAACCAGUUCUGUCACGAGCAUCAGGCCGGAGGCGCUGUGAGAGCUUUGUGGAAGGAGAGACCUAAAUGUUACACCUAAAGUCAGACAAUUUAAAGGGACUUUUAAAUUAGAAAUAAAGAAAUGUGUAUAUAUUAACUUUUAAAUGUAAAGAGAGAAGUAAAAGUGUUAUCAAAAAUAAUGCGUUUGCAUUUAGCAAAAAUAAACUUUGGUAAUCCUGACUGACUAUAAUCGUCAAAUCUUUAGUUGAUUUAACGUCACAGUGAGGAAGAAAAACACGUCCUUUAAUGAUAACAACCAUCUUUGUUUGUCAUUGCAAUUAAAAUCCCUAAGGGGAUGAGUUACAGGUUUUUCUUGUUAUAAGAAAAGAAAAAAACGUUUAUUAUUAUUAUUAUUAUUAUUAUUAUUAUCAUCAUUAUUAUUAUUAUUAAUAAUAAUAAUAAUAAUACUGAUGUUUUCUUUCUUUGACUUAAAACAGUGAACCAGGGCAGUUGUCCACUUUAUGUUAACAUUUCAUUUUCAGUUAACACAAAAAAGGUGUUUGUUAGCUUAAAAUAAAAGUGCUUUUCUAGUAAACACUACAUGAUCAUUUGUUUUCAACCCAGCAAACACCUUUUUUUUCUGUGUUAACUGGAAAUUAAAUGUCCACAUCAGGGGUGAACAACUGCCUGGUUCACUUUUCCGUGUGGGAACGAAGCAGCACUUUGCCAAAGGAGUCGUGUUAUAAAGAUAAACAGAGUAGUUAUUUUCCUGAAGUUGCCCAGUGACAAUCUUACAAGUGAAACAUAUGAAAUAACGUCUUUAGUUGUAGAGAGUGUUGAAAUAAAAAUAAUGACACGAAGCAAGAUGAUUGCACCACGUAGAGGCGAAGUUGGCCUUUGACCGCUAAACAACUCAAACUAAAGACAAUAAAGCUAAUAAUUAAAGCUAAUUAUUCUCUGUAAUUAUUCUAAAGUACAAAUGUUUAGACAGCGCUAAGUGAAACUCGUGUGACAGGCUCUUGUGUGUGAAUAUGAAAGCUGGGGUGACAUGUUGUCGUAAUUCCAAUGUAUUCUUGAUCUGUAGGUUUGGCACUUUGGUGAGCUGUUCGUCUAAUUUCAAAGAAGACUAACAGCACGUUAGUGUCGACUCUAAUGUGCUUCUCCUGUGAGAUCGUGGUAACAGUUGGCUUUUCGUGGAGCUUUCUGUGCACUCUAGUCAGUGUUGUUAUGCCGUGUUUGCUUAAUAGAGCUAUCUUUUUUUCAGUGCAAAUGUGUUUGUAUGUGUAAAACAAAGCUGAAUUAAACAGAAUUUUGCAAAUGAGUUGAAAUCA